GAAAUAAAAACAAACUGUUGGACUCGAGAUGAACAGAUAUGAUUUCUCCGUGCUGAGUUACCGAGUGUAAAGUUUAUGAGAAGUAGGAAGUUAAUAGGUGCAGACUGACAACAGUCAUCGGGAUGUAAAUUCUGGAGUAGAAAGAUCUGAUGGAAAGUCAGCUCUGAGUGAUAAUUCCCCAACCUGAAAUAAUGCUGUGUCCGUGAGAUGAACCAUAUCGUGGUCAGAACCAAUGCAGGAGAAUAUCACCCGGGGGAUACUGUGUAUGGGGCUGUAUACCUGAAUAUUGUGAAUCCAACAGCGGGAUGUGGUGUGCGGCUCAAGUUUCGUGGCUAUGAAUACUUUGCUUACGGCCUUGGGCAUGGAAAAGGCAAUGAUUUCCCAUUAUUCUCUGACAAGAAGGACUACAUAGACUGCAACGACAUCAUUCUGUACAAAAAUGCGUCUCCACUCUCUCUAGGCAGCUAUGUUUUCCCGUUUCAGUUUUCCUUGCUUCAUGAAAUUCCAGGUUCCUUCAAUGCUGAUGGUGGAGAGGAUGUACGAUGGGAAGCUCUGGUGGAGUACUGGGUACAGACAGAGCUGAUUGGGGCAGAGAGUGUACAGGCCAAGCAAUCAUUAAUAGUAUAUCAGAAAACACCCAACCUUCAACAGGCUCAGGUGGCACAUCACAAAGUCAAGUGUUGGUUUGGAUUGUCACAGAAAAACUUCAGUCUCACAGCAAGAUUGUUGGAUCCAGUUCACAAGUGCUUAGGUUAUGCAAACUUAAGACUACUUAUUGCCAAUCAGUCCUCAGAGAAUGUGGUGUCUCUAACUAUCAAACUUAAUCGUGAACUGUUACUCUGUACCAAGUAUUCCUCCACAACCCCCCUCCUGAAUGACCCUAACAUAGUGAGGAUGGACCGUAAGUUGUGGAUCCAACCUGAACAGGAGAGCCUCACCAUCUGGGAACAUUCCAUCUGUGAAGACCAUGGCGGCAUACUCAACAGGGGGAUGGAUAAAAUUCGUAUUCCACUUUUCACAAACAACAGAGAAGCUAUCCCACCCACAACACAUGGAGCCCAUGUACAGUGUCGGUACAAGGUUGUGGCCACAGUGCAACUACAGAAUGGCCAGUCUUGCAGUGUCACAGUACCUGUCAACAGUAUUCUACCUGUGGGUAAUAGAGAUUGGAAGUUCUCUGAGUUACCAGAAUGGAUCAACAACAAGCUGACAGUCAUGGCCACCCUUCCUCCCUUCUGUGUCCAGUCUCACAUUCUCUAUGGGGAACCUUUUUCUGGACUACCGCCAUUCCAGCAACUCUAGACUAUGGUAAUAUCUGUGAAAAUGAAAUGAUUUCAUCCAUGUGUAUAAACACAUGGAUCUCAGUUUUUGAUCAUUUUUGGCCAAAACUGUUUCAUCAUGCUUCAUACUACCUAAACCUGACAUUUUUGUAACUUUGGGACCAAGUUCUUCCAUUCUUCCAAUGAACUUCUUACAUCACUGAUCACUCAUCCUCAUAAAUUUACAGGCAUCUUGCUUUCUGUGCAGAACACAUUUCUCUUUUAGUUACUUAGAAUGUUGAUGUAUGUAUAUAAGAAAAGUAUUGUUCUUUCUUGUGAAUACAAUAGAGCUGGCAUGGAAACAAUCAAUGGAACUGUAUCUAAUUACAGCAAAUUGCAAUUGCAGUGAAGUGUCAAGGUGAUGAGAACUGUUACUCCAGGUGCAAAUGAAGCACAGGUGUGUGUAGAGCUAGCCUCUUUGAUAUCUGGUUGGAGUACAAAAUGUUGCUUUUGUUGUAAUGACUACUUUUACCUGAGCUGCAGAUUUGGCUGAUGUCUGGUAUUAUUGAGGACGUCAUAUGAUUUAGUGUAAUUAAUUUAUGCAAAUAAUAAGGUGUCAUCGAGUACCAAUUCAGAACAUAUCCACAUGUCUUUAAUACAUGUGAUUGUGAAAAUUUCUAGCUCUAGGUAUUUUAAAUUUACACUAGCAUUACAUGUAAUUCACAUUAUGUUUACCAUAUCAUAAUAUUACAUUUUUAGAAAUUUACAGUCUGUUUUCUUUUUGAUACACGAUACAUCUUUCUGUACACAAUGUUUUCCUUAUAAAAACACGUCAUCACUUAUACCAGUGUUGUAAAGGAUGAUUAGUUUGAGAUAUAUGCAUGUAGCUUGUUAGAACAUGGGCUUACGGCCUUCAGGAAGCCAUAGGAAUAGAAAUGUUGGCAUUACUCCCUACUCUUAAUUUCCUUCCUGAUCUUAAAUCAUGGUGGGUGAGAAAGGUUUUGUCUUUGUAAGUUUUGGUAUUCAAGAGUCAAACAGUUGAAGAGACUUUUACUUUUCACAGUCUUGUGUAAAAUGGGGACAAAUCAAUGCCAAUAAAAUGGAUGUUAAAUGUUCCUUUCCCCAGCUCACAAGGAUGACAUCACACAGUACAGGUUUACAGAACUGAUACAUUGUAGACAUAUUGUAGACAUUGCUCAACAAUUCAUAUCUGAGGCAACAGCUCAUGGUCCUGCUUCACUCUAGGACCACCACUUGGGAUUAAGAAAUGUGACACCUUCCCAUUAAGCAGUGAUUAAGGAAAAAGUGAAAUCAUGAAAAUAUUUUUGGACAUACAUACACAUCAUACAAUACCAAUUAUAUACUCAUACUUCUGUUCAUUGCAAUUUCACUUGUCAGUGUCAAAUUUUUCAACUGUUUGAUAAAUUUCAUAGCCUUCACACCCUUCCCUUUUCUCUGCCACCCAACCCUGCCCCAUUUGUAUUAAAUGUCUGCUUCUAGUGCCCUAAGGCUUAAAUUAAGCUUUGCUCUCCAAAGUUGGAUAAUGUGUAUAAAUUUCCCAGUAAAUAAACUUUUUGCAGCAAACAAUGUUCUUGAUGAAACGUUGGACUCUUUUGGCAAGCUUUUAAUCUUUUUUACAGAAACAUUUUGUUAUGAUUUGAACGGAUUCAUUUGUCAUUUGUUUAUAAGCACUUUUCUUGUGAUCAUCUGUUGUUUUGUACUUAUUUAACAUUUUGAUAUUUGGCGUAGAUUGGAAUAGUUGUACAUAUAAUUAUGUUGAUACCGAUGUAACCUUAAUUUGUAGAAUUUAUCUAUUGUCGUUGAAAUACCAUUUUUUGUAGUCUGGUGUGAUUUUGAGCUUUGUGUAAAUUAUGAUUUCAAGAUUUGAUUUGAUUUAAUUUUAUGAACUUUUGAGAUUUGGAUAAAUUAUCCUUGUAUUAUUUUGAACAUAACAGUACUCAGACAACAUGUACCACCUGAAGACUAAAAAAAGACUUGAAUGAAAGUUAUUGACUCCCUCCUAAAAGUUAGAUUGAAGCUGCAAACUGUAUGUAAGGUUGAAACUGUAUCAUUAGCUGUUAGUUCUUUCUCAUGCAUAUCUGGGCCAAUGACCUCUGCCGAGCUGAAGGUCACAUGAAGUUGUUUCACAUUAGAAAGAAUUAGGGAAGACGUUGAGUGUCACAACCCUUCAUGUGCAUUUCAGACUGGUGCGCCAUUCUUCAGGACUGAAAAACUAUGGUUACAAAACCAUGUGUACUGUUUGGAGGUCUGAUAAAAACAUCACUGUGUCCUGCUCAGACAGAUUUGGUGGGUUGAAAUGUCAUGAAUUGUUAUCUUUUCUCUUAAAACCUUCUGGAGUCAGUCAGAUCAUUUCUGUGAUUGUUCAUUUAGGAGAGGUCCUGAAUUCUGAUCUUUUCCCUUAUAAAGUUCUGGAAACACUAAGGCGUCACUAUAAUUGUUCAAUUGUCAGAGGUUCUGAAUUCUGAGCAUUCUCCUUGUGAAGUUCUGGACACACUAAGGCAUCACUAUGAUUGUUCAGUUAGGAGAGGUCCUGAGUUCUCAGUUCUGCUUUUUUCCCUUAUACAGUUCUGGAGACACCAAAGCAUUACUAUGAUUCACUGAUAGGCAGAGGUCCUGAAUUGUGAGCUUUUCCCUUAUAAAGUUCAUAAAGGCAUCACUGUAAUUGUUCAGUCAGCUCAGCUACAGCAGUAUAUGUGACUUAUAGGUAUAUGACUUCUGGACAGUGAUAUGAUGUGAUGUGAAUAUUUUGUGGCAUUUGUAAUGGGAUUGUGAUGUAAAAUUUAACUGCUGCAGCAAUGUUUGGUGGAUGUAUAAUGCUGCAAGACUUAUUGUCACACUUUUCAUGUAUGAUUUUUAUUUACUCUACACAAUUUAAGUGUUUACUUUUGCUUCCAUACCUUUUGGGGACAAGGCUUUGCUAAGGGUGGGUUGAGGCUGGAUAAAUCUAGUGUUCUUCAGCAUUCAGUAAAGGGAAGUAAAUGUUGCGACCAAUGGAACUUCACAGACUAUCAUCUGUUUGAAUGCAAAAGCAGUAUAGGGCCUAAAAUUAUUCUUACCUGAGCUCUUAUUCAAUGAUAGUGAGGACUGGAUGGUUUCAUGAGUGACAAGUGUUGAUGUGUUUUGAACUCCAUCAUGUAUGCAAGAUAAAGUCUUAGGUUCUCAGAUCACUCACUCAGGUGUAAAACAGUUCCUUAUUGGUAUAUAAAUGGUGUAGUCAUUUUUGCCUUCUGUUAUAUUUAUAUAUAAAUAUAUAUUUGUACAGUGUACCUGUGCUCAAGAUUCUAGAUUGGAUGUGUGGGGAAGCUGCUAUGGCAGACAGUGUUGCAAAUAACAGUCUAUACCUAUAUACCAGUAUAUACUAUUUAAAAGUCAAAUUGAGGGUAUUCUAUAUAAAUGAACAACAGCUGUUAAUGAAUUCAGUAUCUUUAAUAACAUAAACAGAUUAUAAGUAAUGCUGACCGAGACAUCUGAUUUACAAAACAAUUUAUCAACAACUUUUAGUGGUGAUUUACUGAUUGAAAUGUAUGGGAACUGAUUGACAUGUUUGAAUGCAAAUUUUCAAACACACAGGAAUCUUAUUUAGUUACAUGUUAUGCAAAAAGCCUGCACAGUAUUGGUAUUGUCUUGACUAUUAUCAUGACACUUAUGAACUGUAUUCUUGAGUCAUUACGAAGCGAUCUUAAACUUAUUAAAGCCGAAAUUUCAGAUCAUUUUAAAAUUGUUAUUUCUGAUGUAACAAGGUCAUAAUAUUACUUGACAACGUGAAUUCUAGAUAAUUUAUUCUACAACCAAUUACAGUAAAAAUAACAGAAAUGAAUAUACCAAAUAUAAUGAUUAAAAUUUUAACUUAAGUGUAAGAUCGCUUAGUAACCUUGGGAUCAGUGCUGCCUAUAACUGAAAUGUACUCUACUUUUUUAAUACUAUAGUUACAUGCAUGACAAUGUGGUGUAUUUGAAUUGGGUGUUCACUGCACUGUAUGUAAUAGGUAAGUUUUUACCACCUCAGUAUGCUAAUUCAUAUUUUCUGGUCAUAAUAAUUAACAGAUUCUGGUGAAAUGAGAUACAUUUGAAGUCUUACAGCAGCUUGUACAGAUUGAUUAUGUAAUGUGUAAAUGUGCUCAUUCUUGUCCCAAUACAAAUAUAUGGACAUUCCGAAUACAUUUAAAGCACUAGUGUUGAUAAAUCAGUUUGUAGGGCCUGCAGUUUUCUAUGUGUACAGUUGUUUUAGUUAAACAGUUAUAUUGUUACAAUGUAAAUUUUUUAUAGGGGUUAUUCAAAUAUAUUAUUCACUGUAUUGAGACAAAAUAAUAGAGAAUUUGUAAAUUUCUAUUUCUGCUGAUGACAGAAUGCUUAUCUAGAAUUUCCUGUGUACAGAAGUUCUAAUUUGAAUUAUUUUGAUUCUCUAAGUAUAGGAGCUAUUUUACAGGGCACAGUCUCUGUACCUUCACCUUGUUUUCGCAAAUAAAGAAAUGGGAGAAAUAAAUAGAACAACGGUAGU